ACCGAUGAGAUGGCUUCGCUGUCUUGUCCGGUCCGGUAAUGCUUACACCACUUGUCCCCCUCCAUGCAAUGCAAGCUUUUUAUCUUUCUAUAAUUAUAAUUUAUCUUCUUUUUUGCUUAAAAUAUACGCUCCAACUUGUCUGCUUUUAUUGCUUAACUAGAUCUACGCUCGCCGCCCACCACCCAAGACCACCGCCAUGGAUCCACCACCCUCCUCCGCCCCUAAGCUACGGCUAAUGUGUAGCUACGGCGGCCGUAUCAUCCCACGUCCACAAACCAAAUCGUUCUACUAUUCUGGCGGUGAAAACCGCUUGAUCACCAUCCCCACCACCGACAACACCCCCCUUACUCUUUCUUCCCUCGCCACCCACCUCUCCACCUUCCUCCGCCUCGCCACCCCAUUUGUUCUCAAAUACCAACUUCCAGAUCACGACCUUGACUCGCUCAUUUCCAUCUCAACCGAUGAUGAUCUCCAAAUCAUGUUGGAAGAGCACAAGAGACUCUCUUCUAGUUCUACUGCCUCACCUUCACGAAUCAGACUGUUCCUUUUUCCCGUUAGUAGUGGCGAUAAAGCUGAGUUGACUCAUCCGAAACGAGAGAGUUGGUUUGUUGAUGCUUUGAGGAGUGCAAGAGUGGGGUUUGGAGGUGAAAGUGGAGAACAAGCUGAGUCUAUUCUUUUGGAAACUUCUUCUUCCUUUGGUUCUACUUCUUCUUCGCUUUCUUUGUCGAGUUUGCCUCCAAUUAAACCCUCACCAGAUUCAAUACCAAGCGAUGAAUGUGUUGGGAGUGCCGUUUCUAAUGUGCAGUCUGGAACUUUUCAAGACCAAGUUGGCCCCAUUGCUGCAAUGGAGAAUAAGCUCUGUUCUAACCCUUUUGAAGCAGACAAGAAAAUGGCCGAUCCUUCCUCUGGGAUUGAGAUGCAUAAACCAAUCCAUGCAUCGGGGUUUCCGGUAAAUCUGAUGCAUUUACCUCCCCAGCAAACACAAGUAAUUCAUGAGGAUACCCGUUACGUGCAGCCGAACAUGCCUGGGAUGCAGCCCGUUACAUCGUAUUACCCAGUCUAUUAUCCGGUGCCACAGCAGCAGCAGCAGCAGCACCACCAUCUCCAUUAUCAGUCGAAUCAGCCUCGUCCAAUGUAUUAUUUCCCUGUCGCACCGGCUCAGCCCUACACUGUACCUGUGCAACAUAGUAUUGUUCAUGCAACGGGUAUUGGUGUUGGUCAGCCCCAAGCUCAUCCAAAUGCUUCAUUGGGUCCAACACAAAUGGUUUUCAAGGAGGUUGCAGCAGUACCUCAACCUGCAGCUGAGUUAACCUCACAACAAUGCCAAAAGAUUCCCGCAGGACACCAACUUAUUAAUGUACCGCAUACUGAAACCGAAACCAGGCAUGCAGGUGCUCAAGGUCAACACCAACCUCAAUCAUUUGGUGUUGCUGCUGGUGAAACUGCAAAUUACGCUAACAAACUUGAUGAUGACCCUGCUCGAGUCCAAAUAUACAAAUCUCAACCACCCCCACCCAUGUUGCCUUCACAGUAUCAAACCAUGACCAAAGCCACGACAUUGCUUUUGUCCGAAGCUCUGGCAAAGUUGCAUACAGACAACGCUGAACAACAGAUUACAACAUCAGAACCAUAAUGAUUUGAUUCUCCAUCUGGGGAAACAGUUUUGGUAGUGAAACUUUGCCUGCCAUAUAAGUAGAAAAAUUUGGUGGUCCCCUUAACUUAUUUCUUUUGUUCCACGUUUUGUUCAUUUGUUUGUUUAAUUUGUUUUCUUUGAUGUUGUUGAAAUUAUAGUGUUUCCAAACAAAGUGUUAUAUGGUUGAAUUGUCUCUGCUGAUCUUCUUGUUAAAAGUAUAACAUUUGUUUAUGUAAUCUUACUAAUGGAAUGGAGAUUUUGUUAUAAAUGUUCAA